UCAGUCGAGCCGAUCCUACGGAGACCGGCUGCCAGUAUAGUAUUGGACGUCGUACACGAUUCCAACUUUCUGGCCGCUUGGUCAUUCAGGCGCGUACCGUCCCCCGGUCGUUUUUCAAUAUUAAAAGGAGUCAUUCGGUCGCUGAAAUUGACGCCGAUCUCUUGGCCUAGGUGCGGGCAGGUUGUUGAUGUCAGAGAUAUACCGUGAAAAAAACGGAGCCGCGGGUCGAGAUGCAGUUCUCCUUUCGUAAUAACCACAGCUAGCCAAUAGACAAGCGCCCGGUGCCUUUUUCGCGAGUCGGACAAUGGCAAAAGGGAGAGCAGCCGCGAUAUUCUCGAUUGUGCUCCUAGCUAUUGCGUGCCUUCAUUCUGUCGUGGGGGUCAAGGUCCACGCAGAGGUUGCGUCCUUGAACGAGACCGCGCGCCACGAUUAUGACAUCGAGAAGAACGAGGUGCCACUUUCUCAUGAAUCUGAAAACAAAACCGAUCAAUUCCCGCGUGAGCAUCCGCACAAAAUGCAUGGAAAGCCAACCAAGUUCGAUCUCGAGCUUCACGUGGACGAUAAAGCGGAUUAUCAGAUCGAACCGACGAGGAUGGCCAAUGUUACGGCUAAUCCAAUCGAAGUGAACUCAACGGCCAGUCAGUCUCUGUCAAAUUCCAUAAACUGCCGAGGGAAGUUCACGGUCUCUUGUAUGCGUAAGGACUUGCUGAAUUUUUUAGAUCAACUCUCAAAGGUUGACACGUACAACGUAACAAAAUCCGUGCAACUCAUAAGAAAACCUGAAGCACAAAGCGUCGCGUGCAACGAUCAAAAAGAAGAUACCAAGUCGAAUGUGGAUCUUCUGGACAAGGUUCAUCGUUACGCCAGGACACACGUGAUGAAGAUACAGCUGAAUAAGGAUCUGAAUCUCGCCAGGAGAGCCAGGACGUUCUUCGGUUCCGUCUUUCAGGGAAAGAGUACCUUUUUAACAGGAUUCGGACUUGGUUUUCUAGCAUUUGGCCUGAAGAAACUGUUGCUACCCUUGUUCUUCGGCGUGCAAAUAAUUAAGAGCGUAUUACUCGCUCUUUUCUUACCGAGUAUCAUCGGCAGCAUUGGUAAUAUCGUUGGAAAAGGUGUUACCUCCUUCACGCAGUCCUCGCAUCUUCCCGUCGCGCCCGUCGCAGCAUCGGAAGAAAAUUUCGAGUUCAAGGAUAAUUCGGAUCUUUACAAUGACGACUAUCUGACGCGACAACCGGUGGGCACGUUACCAGCGUCCGCCAUGUACGACGAGAGUAUGAUGCAGACGCAGAAGACUCCGGAUAUUGGGUCCCGCUAUGGAUUCGUCGAUUCGAGAAUAUCUCACGCGAAUGCGCUUUCGGAUCGUUACUACACGCGACACGUGGCUGCACACGGACUUUCUAAGAAACAGGACUUUAAGGUCUUCCACGAGAUCCCGACGAGCUCUUUGCUUUUGACGAACUACGACCCGUUCUACUCGCCCCUGCUGUCACGUCUGGACGCCGUUUUCUCCCGCCUCGGACACAACACGGAAGGCUGCAGGGAGUACGCGGUGUGCGCGAUGUAUCGGAGUCCCGCGCGUUACGCGCCGUACUCGAACUUGGUCUCCGCCCAGCUGUCUAGGGAGCUCAACGAGCUGAGAAAGCCCAGCAGCGACAAUCCCGACGUUCUGCGUUUCUUCAGAUACAUGAAAGCGGCCAAGGACGGCCAGGACGGCGUCAAGUGCGAAGAGAUCUAUGCGAAUUGUGCGAACGCUCGUGAAGACCCGUCCCUGAAGCAAAAUCAGGCGAUGCUCGCGACGUAUCAAGAUAUUAAUAAGCUCGUUCAGGCCAGGAAGCUUUGAGAACGUCAUAACUUAUUUUCGUUGCUGCUCUUAAUUAAUUGCAAACGCGAUAGAAGAAAGGAAGACGCAUCUCAUGUCGCUUCGUCAAAUGCGCGAGCUUUAGGAUGGCCUAUAGUUCUGAUCGGACGCACUAGCGCAAUCGCUAAAAAGGUUUAGCGUUUGCUCUAAUGAUUGAAUAUUCCUUCAUAGAUAUUGCGCAUAAGUAAAGUUUCUAGGUGUUCUUAGUGGUGGAUUACUACGGUCGCACGAAGCGCUUGUUGACGCGCUCGAGGGGCCUCAAGAUGCGCAAUUUCGAUUUUUCUUUCUCCAAAAAAAUUUGAUUAACUGUUAGAAUAAAAGUAAUGUUUAAAAGUACUCAAUUUUUAAUUUUGGGAUAGCAUCUUAGACAAGGGAAUCCGAAAUUGAUUUGCACCUGAGGCUUCCGAGACGGUCUUAAUCCGCCAUUAUUCGAAUCUUCAAUUUCUGUAACACAGGCUCUUGAUGUACCAAACGCAGUUUCCUAAAUUACCGUUUGUAGCAAGUGUUGGCUCGCUGUUGAUACUACAGCAGCAUGUGAACCUGUGAAACUCUAUCCAAUGGACAUGCAUGGUGAGAACAGGGGACAUGUCGAGCGACAUUUGAUCAUAAUUGUGUAAUAUUAAUGUUAUUUUACAAGCACCUUGGAAAAUAGAAACUGUGUUGACACAAUCAAGAACAUCUCGAUUUACAUAAUAUUUCGCUUUAGAUUACGAGACGGGUACAUAUGUUUCGAUCUACUUCUCACGUAGCAAAGCGAAUUAAACAUAGAAACGAGAUCUGCUUAUGAUUUUAAUAUGAAAAUGUUAUUAGAGAAAUUUGUUUUUUUCAUAGGAGAAUCUUAAGCAGCUUACGAUCAAUAAGUAAAGAAUUGUUAAACAAUACUUUCAUCAGAUUUAACUUGCUCAAGACUCUUGCAAAUUUAAUGAACAAUUUUAACACAUCGAUAUGCUUAAAUAGACAUUUGCACAAAUUAAUGAUUGGCAAAUAAUUUAUAACGGCAUAAACAAACAAUUAUUUGAUAAGUUGUAUAAAAUAUGAUGUACAAUGUUAAAACUGUUACACACUUAAUUUAUGUUUAUUUUUUGAAUGCUAUCUCAUGUAUAAGAUUUAAUCUUGACAUGAUCGAUAGUGAUUUUGGAUAUUUAUUUAUUUAUGUGACGUGAGGCUGAAGAUUCUAAUUUAUGCAAUCCGAGCGAGAAACAUGUCGCGCAGAGCGCAUGUGUAUUUAGAUUAACUCUAAUUUUAUUAAAAAAUUGCGAUUAUCCCAUUUUAAUUGCAUGAUAUAUUUAUAAAUUGAUGUAUAAAUUGACGUAUUAUACAUCAAAAAAUUGCGAUUAUCCCAUUUUAAUUGCAUGAUAUAUUUAUAAAUUGAUGUAUUAUACAUCAAUAAAAGAUUUAUGACGUCAGUUUACGCGGGUUUCUCCAAAGUAAGGCGGCGCAAUGCGUCAGCAUGCGACAUAAUCGUUUAUGUAAUCAAAAAUCCUGUUUAAGACAUAAAGCGAUAAAAACAAAAA